UUUUAUUCCCAAAGGUGUCCCAGUAAUAUAGAAGAACCUAAUCUAACAUGUGUCUCAGAAUUCCUCCUCCUAGGCCUCUCAGAGGAUCCAGACCUGCAGCCCAUACUCUUUGGACUGUUCCUGUCCAUGUACCUGGUCACUGUCCUUGGGAACCUGCUCAUCAUCCUGGUGGUCAUCUCUGACCCCCACCUCCACAAGCCCAUGUACUUCUUCCUCUCCAACCUGUCCUUGACAGACAUCUGUUUCAUCUCCACCAUGGUCCACAAGAUGAAUGUGAACAUCCAAACUCACAGCAGAGCCAUCUCCUACAUGGGCUGCCUGACACAGAUGUCUCUUUUUGCCAAUUUUGUCUGUAUGGAUGACAUGCUUCUGACUGUGAUGGUCUAUGACCAGUUUGUGGCCAUCUGUCACCCCCUGCGAUACCCAGUCAUUAUGAACCCUCAUCUCUGUGGCUUCUUAGUCAUGUUAUAUUUAUUAAUUAGCGUUUUCAACUCCCUGCUGCACAGUUUGAUUAUACUACAGUUUGCCUACUUCAAGGAUGUGGAAAUUUCUAACUUCUUCUGUGACCCUUCACAACUCCUCAAUCUUGCCUGUUCUGAUACUUUUACCAAUAACAUAGUCAUUUAUGUUAUAGGUGGCAUAUUUGGCUUUCUUCCCAUCUCAGGGGUCCUUUUCUCUUAUUAUAAAAUUGUUUACUCCAUUCUGAGGAUCCCAUCCUCAGCAGGGAAGUACAAAGCCUUCUCCACCUGUGGGUCUCACCUGGAAGUUGUUUGUCUAUUUUGUGGACCAGGUAUUUUAGAGUACCUUGGCACAGCUGUCUCACAUUCUCCCAGGAAGAGUGCAGUGGCCUCAGUGAUGUACACUAUGGUCAGCCCCAUGCUGAACCCCUUCAUCUAUAGCCUGAGGAACAGGGACAUUAAAAGUGCCCUGAGGUGGCUGCACAGCAGGAUGGCCUAAUUUUUCUUUGUUUCAUCUUUUCUUGGAGUGUGGAUUCUAAACCAGGACACCCCUGGUUACUGUGUUCAUAUCAGUCCUCAGUAGCAAGUCCGAGCCUUGAUUGUGCCCCCAGCAGGGGAGGCUUCUCACAUCUGCAGUCCUUAGUCAUGACCAAGCAGGUAGUCAGCGAAACCAAGAGUGUGCUGAUGGAGAAAGGAUGGGAGGAGGGAUCCACAUAGCACUUAUUCAUUAUCUACAACAUAAAAUUUAAAUAUGUUUGUUAUCAUUUCACUAAUUUUUUGGAUACCAGGGAUUGAACCCA